AUGAGAGAGAGAGAGGGAGAGAGAGGGAGCUUCUGGGAAGAAAUGCCUCUCACUGACUCUGUCGCCUGGACAACCGGCUAAGAGAAGAGGGGAGGGCGCACGAGAAAGAGAGAGAGAAAGGACACAGGAGCAUAAAAGGAGAGGAAAACAACCCAUUAUUAACUGCUGAGAUUAGAAGAUUCCUUUAGAGUGAGGAGAGUAGGGGGGGGGAGGUAGAUUUGUGUCAGUCGGGGUUCCCUUGGUGUCUCUCGCAUGAUGAGUUAUUAACUAUGACAAUAAAGCAGUGAUUUUUGUUUUCUUCCACACAAGGGCAUGAGAGAGAUAAAACAGCAGAGCACAAGUUCAGCACAAUACAAGUGGACCCAAUAGGCCUGAACGCCCCACCUGUGUUCCCGGAUCAUCCGCCUCAGGUGCCAGCAUGGAUGUGGAGGAUGCGCCACUGCUGUUUCAGACCAACUGGGGAGGGGAGGAGGACGAGGGGGAGGGGGAGGAGGAGGAGCAGGAUGCAGUAACGCCGGCAACAAGACAGGGUUGUUUUUGUGGUGAGGCCGGUGACGCUGGACUCUGGAGAGCAGUAGGGUGGGUGUACACGCAGCCCUGGGCCAGUGGAGUGGUUCUCGGGGUAGUUGUCUCAGUACCGUGCGCCCUGUUUGCCUACAUGCUCCUCUACUGCCCUCCUCUGGACAUAGACCUCUCCUACAGUGCCUUUGAGGUUCACAGUCACUUCUCUGCCGAGCGCUUUGACGCCCUCUCCAUUGCUGUGAAGAGCCAGCUGGGGUCCUGGGACAGACGUAGGCGAGACCUGGGUGACAGCGAGUCUGGCGCCCCGAGGGAGCUCCUGCUGGAGAGGCUGAGCGGACGGGGAGCAUUCGACAGGGCCGACGACGAGGCUGUGAGGCCGUCUGCUCCUCGAAAGGACCCUUUAGAGGCAGGAGAUGAUGGCGAGAGAGGAGCGUCAGAGAGCAGAGAUGUGGAGACAGAGCAUCACAGGUCAUCCGGGGAUGAGAAUUGGACCAUUCCGCUCAUUAGGAGGCGCCGGUUGGCUCCCAAUUACUACCUGCAGAGCCAGGCCCUGUGGAGGAUCGAGCUGGUGUUUGUGGCUCGAGGGGAAGGCGAUCGCAACAUCUUCACCCCCGAACGUCUGCAGACGAUCCACCACGUGGAGCACCUGCUCAUGCAGCACCCGCAGUUUCAUCAGUUCUGCUGGAAGCCUCUGGAGAUGUUGAGGGAUCUGCCGUUGGGGCCGUCCUACUGCUCCCCACCCAGCUCACUGCUGUCCUACCUUUACCCCAGCGAGAGGGGAGGGAAGAUAUACUAUGACGGAAUGGGCCCAGAUCUAGCGGAUAUUCAAGGUUCUCUGAGUCUGGCCAUCACCCACCCACAGUUCUACUGGUACGUGGAUGAGGGCGUGUCCCCCGAGCAUCUCUCCUCCUCCCUCUUACGAAGUGAGAUCCACUUCGGAGCUCCUCUUCCUUCUUACUUCUCCGUGCAGGACCGAGCUCACGAGCAAAGAUCACGUUUCAAGAACUUUGUUGUUCAGUACGCAGACAUCCUGGCAAAGCAAUCUACCAGCCAGGUGAAGGUGCUGUUUGGCGGAACAGAGCUGUUUGAUGAUGAGGUGAGACGCACCUUCCACAACGACAUGAUGCUGGCGGUCAUCAGUGGAGCUUGCAUUACUGUGCUCGUCUAUGUCCUUACCUCCUUUUCUGUGUUUCUGACUUUCUUCGGACUUGCCAGCAUUGGACUGAGCUGCCUAAUGGCUCUUUUUCUUUACCAUGUUGCCUUUGGCGUGAGGUACCUGGGCAUUCUCAAUGGAGUUGCAGCCUUUGUUAUUAUCGGUAUUGGGGUGGAUGAUGUAUUUGUGUUCAUCAGCACCUUCAGGCAGGCUUCUCACCUGCGUCAACCGCAGCAGCGGAUGAUCUACACGAUUAAAACGGCAGGCCGGGCGACCUUUCUCACCUCCUUCACCACAGCGGCAGCCUAUGCUGCUAACACCUUCUCUCAGAUUCCAGCCGUGCAUGACUUCGGCCUGUUCAUGGCCCUCAUCGUCAGCUGCUGCUGGCUCUGGGUGUCCGCCUUGAUGCCUGCAGCUCUCUGUAUCUGGUCCGACUGUGUGGAGCCUCAGGAACACGCCUGGUGGAACCGCUGGAAGCUGUUUUGGGGCCUGUCAGCGAGCCCCGGCCCUUUGUCAGAUGAGGAUGAGGAUGUGGCGCUGUUGUCAGUGGAGAUGGAGCCAGGCUCAUGUGACGCAGAAGACGACGCGGCCAUUCUUUCCCUGUCGGUGGAGACACUUCGUCCCCCUCCAGGCCAGCAGCAAGUGGGCGUGGUGAGCAGGAAUCUCCGGUGGGCUCUGAAGCACUUAGUGGCAGAGCCCUCCGUGCUGCGACGAAAGACUGUUCUAGGUGUUUUCCUCCUGGUGCUGCUGCUGUCUGCUGGGUUCUGCUGUCUCCUGAGGCCCGCCACCCACGCCCCCCUUCUCUUCCGCCGGGACACAAACCUCCAGACUUUGCUGGCUCUGAGGAGCAACCUCAGCGGACAAGGCAUCUCCUGCCCCAUGUGCUCAGGUGUGUUCAUGGAAAAGCCCCAUGCGUUGUCCACCCACGCUUCCUCGUCGACGUUUAAGUUUUCCACACAUCAACAGACGGAGAGCGCAGCAACCGUCUCUUCUUCAGUAACACCAAAAUCAAGCGGCAACCAAACGGGCGCUUUACUGACAGUGUUCAUAUCCAAAUUGGACCUUGGAGCCUCUACAACCCUUUACCGCUUCUCCCUCAACACCAGCACUCCCUCCCCAUGGACACGGUGCAGCACCGAGCACGAACAGGUGUCAUCGUUUCAGGCUUAUAAUCAGCCCCAUGGCAAUUACACCACCAGAAUGACAGUGUGUGUUUCCCAUGCUUACCACCCGCACCCCAGCUGGAUGAUCACAUCCACCGCGUGUGAGCCGCGUCACGGCUGGAACGCAGAGUUUUCCUUUUACACCGCGUCAUCCCUGCAGCAGCACAGCAGGAGACUGUGCUUUGCCCAGCGCCGCCUGAGACCUCACCCGAGCCGCGUGUGCGUCCACCCACCUGGCUGCGGCAUCAGUUCUGGGCCUGAUGGACCCACGCGGGGAACAUUUUACAUUCCACUUCCCAGUGAUCUCUCGUCUGCUGCCAAAACAAAGUCAUCCAAAACAUUUGGCUUCAACCCAUGCAGUGGAGACGCAUGUGGACAUCCAGCUGUUCGUCCUCUGGUCGACACCGGGGCGAUGGUUUUUGUGGUGUUUGGCAUCUUGGGAGUCAACCGAACCGAAAACAGGGAGAACCACGUCAUUGGCGAUAUGGGCAGCAUUAUAUUGGACCCAGACUUUGACAUUUUCCAGGAAAUGGAACUUCUGUGCAAAAUCUGUAAAGCAAUUAGUGCAAACACACAACUUGUAAAGCCGGGAGGAGCGCAGUGUUUGCCUUCAGGUAACAAACUGUCAUCUGUUCUGCCUCUGCUCCAUCCUGAAUGCCACUCGCUCCCUGAGCCCAACCUGCUGCCGGGGCAGCUCUCUCACGGAGCGGUGGGGGUGCGUGGAGGAAAAGUCCGCUGGCUGUCCAUGGCCUUUGAGUCCACCACAUACAAGGGGAAAUCCUCCUUUCAGACCUAUUCUGACUUCCUUCAGUGGGAAAACUUCAUCCAGGAGCAGCUCGCCUCGCUCCCCCGGUCCUCCGCUCUGAAACGGGGAUUCCAGACCUGCGAGCACUGGAAACAGAUCUUCAUGGAAAUAAUAGGCGUGGAGAGCGCCCUCUGGAGCCUGCUGCUGUCUCUGGUCAUCUGUGUGGCAGCUGUGUCGGUAUUUACUGCACAUCCUCUGCUGCUGCUCUCAGUGCUCAUAACCAUUCUAGGGGUGAUCUGUCUGGUUGUGGCGGUCAUGUACUGGCUGGGCUGGGAGAUGGGAGCAGUGGAGGCGAUUUCUCUCUCCAUACUGGUGGGAUCCUCAGUGGAUUACUGUCUACACCUGGUGGAGGGAUAUCUGCUGGCCGCGGAGGCCAUUUCCGCUACGCCUGGUCAUAACUCGGAGCCCGGGCCCGAGAGGCAGAGGCGGACCUUGGAGGCGGUGAACCACGUCGGCGUUGCCAUAGUGUCCAGUGCCAUCACCACGGUGAUCUCCACAGUCCCCCUCUUCUUCUGUGUCAUUGUGCCUUUUGCCAAGUUCGGCCAGAUAGUGGCCAUCAACACCACCGUCUCCAUUUUCUUCACCCUGACCGUGACCGUGGCUAUGUUGGCAUGUGUGGCCCCUGCCCGCUUCAGCCGGCCCCCCGGCGCCGUGCUGAGGGCCAGCCUGGCCGUGGCGGCUGCGGCAGCCUUGGGAGCGGCUCUGUGCUGGGUGGGAGGACAGCUGGGAGCGUUUGGCUGGCGGUCAAUCAGCACGUGAACACGACCCUCUGCCUGCUCGCACCGAUGUCAGGCAGGGGAGGUCAUCCGUGCACAAAACUGUGACAACUGAGAGCCCUCUGUUUUCCUCCGUGUUUAGGAGGAAAUAUCAGAUGAGUGAAUUGAAUGGUUCUUCACAGCACAAAGAUGUCAGGAUCUUAGAAGCUGAAGUAGAAGCUGUUUGUCGUUUUCAGUGGACUUUGA